AUGUUUGAACCACUUACGUUAAGUGAGCUGCAAGGUGCUGAAUUUGCUCUCAUUCGAUGUGUGCAGCAGGCCGCCUUUCCAGAGGAAUGGAGAACACUACAUAAAAAUGGAGUAAUAUCCACAUCAUCUCGUCUUCGCUGGUUCAACCCACAUCUCGGAAAAGGUGAUGUCAUUCGCAUCGGCGGUCGCCUUAGUCGGUCCGCGCAGUCAUACGAUUCGCAGCAUCAAAUUUUACUGCCACAUUCGCACCUAUUUUCAAAACUUGUUGUACGCAGCUAUCAUGAACGCCUUCUUCACGCAGCUGUUCAAUUACUUACCAACACCAUUCGGUUGCGAUUCUGGAUUUUGGGUGGCCGCAGUUUAGCUCGUCAAAUAGUACAAACGUGCAUUGUGUGCUUUCGGGCAAAACCAAAGUUGGUCGAGCAAUUCAUGGCGGAGUUACCUUCUGCGAGAGUAACAGCAUCCAGGCCAUUCUCCAUAGUCGGGAUUGAUUUUUGGGGACCGAUCUAUCUCAAGCCUCGCCAUCGUCGCGAUUCUCCUCCUAAAGCCUACGUAGCAGUAUUCAUCUGUUUCGCUACCAAAGCGGUGCACUUGGAGUUAGUGGCAGACUUAAGCACGGUAAAAUUCAUGCAGGCUUUUCGUCGCUUUGUCUCUCGUCGGGGUUUAUGUUCAGAUGUUCAUACCGACAACGGAAAAAACUUCGUAGGUGCCGCCAAUGACCUACGACGUCUAAUGCGAUCUAAUGAGUUCAAGCAAAGCAUGGCUGAUGAGUGUUCCAGCAACGGUAUUCGAUGGCACUUUAAUCCACCAAGAGGCUCACAUUUCGGUGGCUUGUGGGAAGCUGCCAUACGUUCAGCUCAAAAACAUUUUGUACGCGUCUUGGGUGAGCAUAAACUGGCGUACGACGACAUGCAAACGCUCCUAGCACAGAUCGAGUGUUGCCUAAACUCGCGUCCACUUAUCCAACUGACGGACGACCCAUCGGACUUGCAGACACUAACGCCGGGUCACUUUUUAGUGGGGACGGCACUGAAAGCUGUUCCUGAUUCAAAUUAUAAAAGUAUUGCGUUCAAUCGUCUACAUAUGUGGCAGCAGGUCCAAAAAAUGUUGCAGCAAAUUUGGAAACGCUGGCACAUUGAAUAUUUGCAUACGCUUCAGCCUCGAACAAGAUGGUGUCGACCCCCGGUACAACUCCAAAAGAACCAACUAGUUAUUAUUCUUGAUGAAAAUCAACCUCCUCUGCGCUGGCCCACAGCGCGUAUCCACGAGUUACACCCAGGAGCGGAUGGAGUAGUGCGAGUUGUCACGCUACAAACAGCCAACGGAUUCGUCACUCGCCCCGUAGCGAAAAUUUGCCUGCUUCCAAUACCAGCCAGGGAAGAAUCAUCAUCCGAAACAAAACCAACUUCGUCAGCAUUGCCACAGUAA